UAUUUAUAAACCCAAACCGGCCGGGGAUUUUUACAGCUUUUACAUACCAGAGCGCGGUUAACAGAGCCAUUUAAUAUAUGCCGAUUCACAUUUUACGCAGGGAGCAUUUUAUUAAGUUCUAAGUUAUUACCACAUCUCAACGCAUCACAGCUGAGAGGAAUCAGUAUGUCCGCCCAAUUCAACACAAACUCUUUAACAAGCCUGACCACGGACAAACCCACGACUUUCCGGAAACAGCGAUCCUUCAGCGACCGGGUCGGGAUCGGUUUCCUGGUCGUGACAUUCGUAGCCAUCAUUCUGGGCCUGGCCAUCGGAAUCCCUCUCUCAAAACGAGACACCAACAGCGGAGGGGGUGGCGGAGGAGCACCACAGUCUUCUGAACUUCAGAGGGCGAAACAGUUACUGACUGCAAAUCCAUUAAUUGAUGGUCACAACGAUUUGCCCUGGCAGUUUCGACAGUACGCCAAUAACUCGGUCUACUCGGUAAACCUCGGGCAGGACAUGCGAAACACGUGGAACAACGAAACAUGGAUGGAUGACACGAGCUUUCCCAGAAUUCCGUCGCAGACGGAUAUUCCUCGACUCCGCACUGGAAAAGUUGGCGGGCAGUUUUGGGCGGUUUUUGUAAGCUGUGCUUCCGUCGAGAAAGACGCCGUCCGAUUGGGCCUUGACCAGACUGACGUCAUACACAAAUUCGUUGACAAGUACGAUGACUUCAAAUUGGCAACAACCGCGCAAGGUAUUACAGACGCCUUUAAUGAUGGAAAAAUUGCCAGUUUGAUUGGUCUAGAAGGUGGUCACAUGAUCGGAAACAGUUUGGGAGCACUGCGCAUGUACUAUAGGAUGGGGGUCAGAUAUAUGACAUUGACCCACAGCUGUGACGUAGAAUGGGCCGACAGUGUUAAGGCUGAUACUAGGAGCCCACCAUCCAAUAAAGGGCUGACAGAGUUUGGAAAGAAAGUUGUAAAAGAAAUGAACCGUCUUGGGAUGAUUGUUGAUCUAUCACACACGUCAGAGCAGACGCAAAAAGACGCCUUAGGAGUGACUCAGGCGCCGGUCAUCUUCAGUCAUUCGUCGGCUUACGCCCUGUGUAACCACGCAAGGAACGUCAAAGACGAAGUCCUGCAGCUAACAAAACAAAACAACGGCUUAGUUAUGAUAAACUUUUACAAAGGAUACAUUGACUGUGCACCUACCAACACAAGUGGUAACAUAUCGACUGUAGCCGAUCACAUAGACCAUGUGAAGAACUUGGUCGGCGUGGAUUACGUGGGGAUUGGCGCGGACUAUGACGGGGUCCCAGAGCUGGUCGAAGGUCUUGAAGACGUUUCGACAUACCCGUAUUUGUUUGAAGAGCUGAUAAGACGUGGAUGGACAGAUGCCGAUCUCAUAAAAUUGGCUGGCGGGAAUUUACUGCGGGUAUUCAGGGAUGUCGAGGCCGUAAAGAACAGCUUGUCUAACCUCAAUCCCAUAGAAGAUAUCAUGGAAAGAAGUUUGAGAAAUGAAAACUGUACGACUGGAUACUAGAGACAAAAUAACAAUACCGUGCGCAUAAACCAUUGAACACGCCAUCUGAUUCUUUUUAAUGUUUGUUCUUAAGCAAAAGAGUACACUUAUGUAUAAUUGUUCGCUAGUCUUUUUUUUUAUUAAAACGUUUAAUAUUGAAAGCUUUAAUCAUCAAAAUUAAUGGAUCUUUAACGAUAACACAGGUUUGGUUACUGAUUUUUUUUUGGAUACUAUAUAGAUUCUUAAACAUAAUUGUUUAUGCAAUUUUGAUACAUGUAAUGCUUGAUUAAAAAAAUAUGAUAUAUCUGACCUCUGAACGCACCGUGGUGCGGUGUGUAUGAUUGAUCACUUUUGUAGAUUUACAUGUAUUUCAUGUUAGAGUUACAUUAUUGUACCUUUAGAUUGAGCAUGUAAGUGUUUACGUUUUUGCUGUUAUAUUGCAAGCACACAUUAUCAAUAUUGGCUUCUGCAGCGUCUUUCUAUUGUUGUUUUGUUGAUGUUCUAACGUAUCCUAUAUGUGAACUCUUGUAAUAUCUUAGCUUUGUUAGCAUUUUUACGCACAUCCAAUUUAUAAGAAGUGAUAUAUACGUAAUGCUAUAUAUUUCCUUUUCCCAAUCUUUAGAAUUGGUUAUUUUAUAAUUAUAAACUAAAUAUACGCUAUGUACCAAAGAUAUGCAAACUGUUGAUGAAUUUUGAGUAUUCAGUAAUAAAUGUACCGUUUAUUGGCAUAUACAAAGUAUUGUUAUUUUGCAUAAAUUAAUUUUUAAUGCAUGUUUAUUACUUUGAGCAUGCAGUUUAGGCAACAGAGCAUUUUUGGUCAAUAACAUUUCAACACUAGCAUUUUAAACUCCAAUUUUACGUGAGUUAAGGAGACUGGAUGGUCAAAAAAUUAAUCAUCAUGUUUGUCUUAAACUUUGAAAAAUGAUAUUUUUGACAAUGUCAUGUUGUGAAUUUUGUAUUUACUGCCACCUGGUAAAUUUAAAAUUUACAACAUGAUACAUUCAUGAAUGUGUUUGUAUAUAUAUGUAUUCAGAGAGUGAAUUUAUUGUAUGAAUUGAUCUCAAUAACCAAGGUUAUAUACUAGUACUUCAUAUGUAACAAUCAACAUCUGGCUUCGGGGCCACCAACAUGUAAACAUCUCAGCGUUGGUGGCCCCAAAGCCAGAUGUACAUGUAAUUGCCAUGAUACAUGUAUCAAAUAUCUUCAAUUCCCACUUAAGUAUGUUGUAAUUGUUUGGGGAUUUAAGUUUUUUUUUCAUUUGGGUAUUUUUUUUUCUUCUGUUUCCAUCUAGUAUACUUAUGUCCCAUAAUAUUUUCUAUCAAUAUCCACUUCAUUUUUCUUUUCAUAUUUCUUAUACUUAAUGAGAUGUCAAAAUUUCGAGUAUAUUUUGAAUAUUUUCUAUAUUAAGUAUUUCAUAUACAUAUGUAUUAUAUUUACAGUUAUAAGUCAAAUCAUUUUUAGUACAAACGUUUUGCUUGAAUGUAUACUUUUAUAACUAAAUUUUAAUUAAAAAUUGAGUAAAAACUGUUGUUUACAAAAAUGAAAAUGGUUAUAUAAUGUUUGAGAAGUCGUCAGGUGUAAUGGACGGAUGUAGAUGGCGCUGCAGAGUUGGUUAAAUUUUGGUUAAUUCAUAUUAAUCAUAAUAAAAUACAGCCCAGGAAAACACGUGAACCAUUAAAAUAUUUGUAUUGCUAAUGUAUUUAAGAGAUCUUGAAGUGAUAUACUAAAAUAAUACCCCUUUACUACACCAACAACUGGGCCUGUAACUUGCCGCCAUUGUAUGAUUUUGAUCUUGACCGAAAGUGACUAAGUUACAAAAUACGCUUGUUUC